AUGUAUCUUGAAAGGUUUCGGCCUACUGAUGUUCGCUUUGUCUGCGGGCUGUCUGGAUAUUUCCACAAGGAUCUUCAGGCAGUGAAACAGAGUCCCAAAUAUGAUUCUUUAGCCGACGACAUCGCACCAGUGACAUCGGGAUUUAAGAAGGUUGUCCAGGCAGGAGAGGUGAUCUCAAUUCUGCUUCGUCUACCGAAUGGAACUGUAGCCAUUGGAGAGUGUGUCGAUGUUAUCUUCUCUGGCACUGCAUCGCGCGACUCUCUGUUUAUCCUCAAAGAACAUCUUCCGCUGCUCAAUACAGUUGUACGACCAUGGCUUCUCGAAUGUGAUGUGCUGAAAUUCCGCCCAAAUGCGGUCAAAAUUGAUCAGCCGUGGCCAGAAUUGGGAAACAAGAGACUCCACACCGCCGUUCGUUACGGACUCAGUCAAGCUCUCCUGUCGGCGACCGCUCUCGCCAAUAAGUAUAUCCUCGCCUCCUGCCAUCGAAAUGACCACCACCAACUGGACAGGAUGAUCAUGAAACGAGUGGCCCUUCUUCCACAUGCGUCAUUUGUCCACUCUGUCGCUCAACGUAUCCAGGAGCGAGGGGACCCUGGAUAUCGACCACAGCUUCACUUUGACGUCUAUGGCACAAUCGGUGAUGCCUUCACCGACACGGAAAUACCGGACUUCCUGAAGAAACUUGACAAAGAAUCUCAAAUUCGACGGUUGCACCAGAUCAAAAAGAUCCUUGCCUCUCGCAGGAUCAAUGUGAAAAUUGUUGCAGAUGAAUGGUGUAAUAUACUGGAUGAUAUCCAGGACUUCGCUGACGCGGACGCCGUGGACUAUGUGCAGGUAAAAACGCCUGAUCUAGGCAGUCUCCAUAACACCAUUGAUGCGGUGAUGUACUGUGUUAAGGAAAAUAUCGGGUGUUGCCUUGGAGGAUCUGCAAAUGAAACGGAUAUUUCGGCGCGGAUUACUACGCAAGUAGCUCUGGCAACACAACCGCAGUUUUUGUUAUCUAAGCCUGGGAUUGGGGCUGAUGAGGGGUUGAUGAUUUUGACGAAUGAGAUGAUUAGGACUUUGGCCUUGUUAGACAAUGAAGGGUAG